UUUUGAAUAUAAGUAUAUCAUAUUGUUCUUCUGCUUGCAGGACCUAAGGCUUAUGUGACUAUGAAUGAGAAAGGAGAGAGAGUUUACCACUGUGAUGGAUGUACCUGUACUUAUAAAAGCACUCGGCAAUUCUUUAAAUGUAUGAGGAGUCACCAUGGCAAAAAUCCAUUGAUAUGUCAAACAUGUGGAAGCAGGAGUGAUACCAUUUUUUAUUGGACAAGGCAUAUGAGGUCACACACUGAUAUGAGGAGCUAUGAAUGUCAGUACUGUGGAAAAAAAUUAAGAUGCAGAAAGUCCUAUCUAGAGCAUAUAAGCUUAGAAAAAGGCAAUCAAGGCAAACAACAAUAUCGUGUCUGUGAAAUUUGUGGGAAAAAAUUCAACAAGAGUCAAGACUUGAAUAAACAUUUGCCCGUACAUAAUCCUAAGAUGAUCAAAUGUAGGAUAUGUGGAAAAACAGUGACAAAGCACAACUUGAGAAAACAUAUAUUUAAUAAACACACUCAUACAUUUACAUGUGACACCUGUGGGCGUCAGUUUUCUCGGAAAGAUCAUUUGCAGGCCCACCUGAGGAUACAUACUGGAGAAAAACCUUAUAAAUGUAAAACAUGUGAUAAACAUUUCAUCAAUAUAUGUCCUCUCAAUAGACACAUGAAAAUAUGUCUUAAAUUGGCCUAUAAGAACAUAAAUGAAAAUAAUUUGAAACAUAAUAGUGAUGGAUCACAUUAAAUAACAAUUCAAUGUGCUCUAGAACAUAAGUGUAGCAUUAUUGUAGAGGAUGACAAAUAGCAAUUCGAAUGUGAAGGGAAUAUGAAAGUGAGGGAUCACAUUAUAUAAUGUAGAUACACUUAAUUUGACGCUACUUAUUUUGGCAGAUUUGCUCAAUUUCAGAACAUCUAUCUAUUCCACAUCAUUUGAGACUGAAUACUCUAUCUUUUAUGAGUACUAGUAUCUACAACUAUUUUUGAUGUUAUGAGUAUUGGCUAUUAAUUUUUUCAAUUUUUCUUUAACAUGUAUUAAUAUGACUUCAGUAUGAAUGAAAUGUCCCUUGGUGUUCUGGUCCUGGAUUGUGAUAUUGGUUCUCGAUUGGAGGGGAGAGGGGGAUGUUAGACAUUGUUUCUUUUCAUGUUAGAUCAUGGUUUUGGGAUAUAUGAGGGUCUACUUUUCUUAUGACAGAUUUACACUUACAGAUUGCUUUUCUUCUUGGGUUUCUUUAAAGUUUUUAGUCACCUUUCCCUUUGGCAUUUGCGCUUAUAUAUUCAAAUAUUGGCAGCUAUUUAAUUUGGUGGAGUUCUGACUAAGCUCAUGUUUUAUCUGAUCUGGAAAUAAACAUUUCAGAUUUAUGUGUUCUGCUUUAGGUAAGUCUUGGUAUAGCACUGACAUCAAAACAGGAAUACUUACACAAGGAAAAUGGUUGCAAAUUACAAAUUCUCUCCAAAAUAGAUCUGAAAAUUGGUGGAUUUUUAAUUUGGCAGAUUUUUUUGAUCCGCCAGUCCAUCAAAUUAAAGCGGUAAAUCAAAUUAAGUGAAUCUUCAGUAGCAGGGAAAUGUGCUUUUAAACAUGAAAUACAUCAUAAGAGAGAUUUCGCUCAUAUGUGAAAGCAAAACUUAUGUUAUGCCUAUAGCUAUAGGUUAGUGAAUUAGUGGCAUUUUGCAUGAAUUUUUACUUAUAUGUACAGAAAUGUUUAUUUUAUCAAUCAAUUCUAAUGUUCUUUCACCAAGAGUGAAUUGUUUUCUCCUCCAAAUUCCCUGUUCAUAAGGUGGAUUAGAUAGUAAUAUGACUUCAUGCCAAAUAUCACUAUACGAUGCAUCCUUUAAAAUCCUUAAUACUCCCAUAGUUCCAUUUUACAUUUUUACUAUAUUUCAUUAAAAAAUUAAUUUCAAGACUUAUGGGACAAUUACGUUUUAAAAGUGAUGUCUCAAGUAUAAAUUGAUAGAGCUGCUGGACAAGUGAUGACAUAGUACACACUUUAUACAUUAUAAACAUAAAGAAUUGAUAAACAUGUUAUCAGUGCGGUUGCGAAAUCUCUCUGUGAAGGAGCACAAUAAGUAGAAAAGCCUUCAAAACAUAACAUCAGUGUCAAGGAACUCUAUAUUUUUGCUCCAUCGU